AUGUCCCCGGAUAAUGAUGAUAUAAAGAACGCUUCAAUAAGUGGUGGGAAUGGUGUAACGGUAUAUAUUAUGAAAUCCUUGAGCAUGAAUGAUGUUAACAAUCUUUGGGCAACUGCAUUGGCACGAGAAAAAGGUAAAACAGAAUCAUCAUCUGGAAAAUUAGUACAUGUAGAGAAUGGAUCAUCGUCAGUUGCUAGUGAAGCGUGCAAAAGAACAAGAACAGUAGAGAUAAACGAGGAAAAUGGAAAUGUAGAAAAGAAACCGAGGGUUGUUUGGACUAAAGAGAUGCAUCAAAAAUUCUUGGAUGCCGUUGCGCAGCUAGGACACGAUAAGGCUUUUCCAAAGAAGAUAGUUGAACUCAUGAAUCUCCCAGGAUUGACAAGGGAGAAUGUGGCCAGUCAUUUGCAGAAGUACCGGAUGUGUAUGAAACGAGCUCAAGAAGGAUUUACAGGUCCUUCAUAUGAUUUUAUCGACCCUUUCGGUUUCAACGCUUCACAAAGAAACUUUCAACAAUCCCAUUGGAACCCUUUUGGAAUCGGAUCAAGAAACGCUACUACAAGCCACUUGGGUUUGAAUUGUUAUGGAUCAAGAUUGGGAAUGCCUCCAGAUAUAUCGUUUCUAAACACAAUCCGCUUGAGACCUGACCAUAACUUUAGGGUAUAUGGCGAUGAAAAGAAAAGCGUUCUCUUAAGUAUUGGUGACAAUAGAGCAUCCUCAAAUACAAAUUUUGCUGGUUUUAGAUUGGCUGGUGACGGAAAGUCUGUCGAGUUUGGGCAGCAUAGUCAUUUAAGUGAUGGUAGUCGGAUCAUAAGAGAGAAUGGGAGUUACAUUCAGCAACAACAUUCUCUUUCGGAAGUGGGAAAUGACGAUUCUAGUCAUUGCCCAUCGUUUUCAGCCAGCUUCACUUCUGGUGCACCACCAGGAACCAACUGGGCUGACCUGAUUAGGUUCAGUAGCAACCACCAGCAGCAGUCUUCUAUAGCCGCUCUUCUAGAUGUUAAAAGCAUGCCAACCAUCUUGACUCAGCCGCAACCGCCACCGCCAGUUGCACCGCCAGGGUCUGACUGGAACCAGGUGGCUAGCUUCACUCAGCAGCAAUCAUCUUUAUCUCCACCAUGGUCCAACUGGGCUGAGCCCCUUAAGUUCCCUUGUCAACAAUCUUCUAUAACCUCUCUUCAAGGCAUUGACCAAACCAAGACUGCCAUCAUGACUCCGCUGCAACCAGGUGCAGCACCGCCGGGGACCGAAUGGGACGAGGCGGUGAGCUUUACACCUCCGGAAUCUGCAGCACCGCUGUGGACCGACUGGACUGAGCCAGCCAGCGGUUCUUCUCAACGGCCAGCAGCAUCAGGAAACGACACCAAUGCCAAUUCUGAGAUUUUUAGCGAUUUCACCUCGUGCUCACUUCCUCCAGAAUUCCGUCAACUGGGGAUGGUAGGAGGCGACGAUGGCGUUGAUGCAACUACGAUAUGCAUAUUCGAUGAUUUACUUUUCGAUCGUCAAGAUUUGACUUAA